CUGAUUGGUCACGUUCCACAACGUCAGUAGCAUCAGCCAGUGCGGGGGUUUUGACGGUGGAAGUGAAAGAUGGCGACGGGGGAACAUUGGCAGAAGUCGCUGAGUGAACAUGCGCUCUUCUCUCGUCUCAAAGAACGGCUGAGGGAUCACGAAGAACUUCGAGAAAAGGGAGAAAGGCGAGCAAGGAAAGAUAAGCAAUUGAGGAACUUGCUGUGCGUCCUGGAUGGGGAUCUGUUGGUGUGGGACUCGGAGGAGUGCGCCUUUCUUACUGUCAGAUUGAGGAGCCUAAGUGGGGAGAGUACAGGGAGCAGUGGCGAGCAGAAACUGCUUUGCACAAAUCCUCCACUUUUUGAAGUUAAUGAUGUAUUGCUAAGCCCCACACAACAUCAUGUUGCUCUUGUUGGAAGUAAAGGAGUGAUGGUGCUGGAGAUUCCUAAACGCUGGGGAAAGAAAUCUGAAUUUGAAGGUGGUGAAAAGACGGUGAACUGCAGGACUAUGCCCAUCGCUGAAAGGAUUUUCACAAGCUCUACCUCUUUAGUUCUGAAGCAGGCUAUCUGGUACCCAAGUGAAACGCAGGAACCUCAUUUAAUUUUGCUGACAUCUGAUAGCAUAUUAAGACUGUAUAAUCUUCAGGAUCCUUUGACACCUGUAAAAGUUACUUCCCUCUCGAGUGCUGUAAAGGAAACCACACUGCCCCAUAAUGGACAAUCUUUUAAAGCUUCCCUUAGUGAGACUGCAGUUGCCUGUGAUUUUGGUCCACUGGCAGCCCUUCCUAAAGGCUUUGGGCAGCAUAGCAAGGAGGAUUCUGUAGCUUAUCCUCUUUAUAUCUUAUAUGAAACUGGAGAAACCUACCUGAUAUACAUUGAUCUACAAAAACGCAACGUCAAUGUGGGUAAACUUCUAGGCCCUCUUCUAAUGUACCCUGGUGCAGAAGAUAAUUAUGGCUAUGAUGCCUGUGCUGUGCUCUGCUUACCAUGUGUUCCGAACAUAAUAGUUAUUGCUACCGAAUCAGGAUUACUAUAUCACUGUGUGGUGCUGGAAGGAGAGGAAGACGAUGAGCAGACAUCAAACAAGUCUUGGAAUGCCAGCUGUGACCUGAUCCCCUCACUGUAUGUUUUUGAAUGUGUUGAACUGGAGCUUGCUUUGAAAUUGGCUACAGAAGAGGAAGAAUCUCUGGAACUAGAUUUUUCAUGUUCUAUUAAACUUUACAGAGACCCGAUCUGCCCAUCCCGAUACCACUGCACUCAUGUGGCUGGUGUUCACAGUGUGGGGCUGUCAUGGUUCAACAGGUUAGAAAAGUUUCUCAGCUCAGGUGAAGAAGAUAAAGACAGUUUACAAGAACUUGCAGCAGAGCAGAAGUGCCUUGUGGAACACAUCCUAUGUACCAUGCCUCUACGAUGCAGGCUUCCUUCACCUAUUCAAGGCUUUUGGAUCAUCUCCGAUCUUUUCCUUGGCACCUCAAUGAUAUGCAUAACAUGUGACUUUGAGUGCAUUGCGAGGCCAUUGCUAACCACCAUUCGACCUCCCUCUCCACCUCUUCUCUGCUCUCAGAUUGACAAAAGUUCCACAGAGAUCCUUCCACAUGUCCUAGCAGAUGUGAAAGGGCCAUUUGAAAUUCACAUCAGAGGCAUUUUAAGACGCAACUCUGCAAACCCGUUGUUGUUGAACUCCUCAAGCAAAGAUUCCUCUCCUCCACCUGAGGAGUGUCUCCAGCUUCUAAGCAGAGCUACUCAGGUUUUCCGUGAAGAAUACCUCCUCAAACAGGACCUUGCCAAAGAGGAAAUCCAGAGACGAGUGAAGCUGUUGAUUGCUCAGAAAGAGAAGCAGCUUGAAGAUGUGCGAUAUUGCAGAGAAGAAAGAAAAAGCCUAACUGAGACUGCUGAACACCUGGCAGAGAAGUUUGAAGAGGCCAAAGAGAGACAAGAAGAUCUCAUCAACAGAUUAAAAAGGAUACUGCGUAGCUUCCACACUCAGCUCCCUGUUUUAUCCGAAAGUGAAAGAGACAUGAAAAAAGAACUACAAGCCACAACCGAACAGCUUCAGCACCUGGGGAACUGCAUUAACCAGGUGAAGAGAAAGAUGUCUUACCAGGAAAAACAGAUGGAAAAGGGAAAGAGCCCAAGGAAAUCUAGUCUUACACUCAGUGAUUACCAAAAGAAGAACAUAAAGACUGUGUUAAAGGAACAUGGAGAACAUAUCCAAGAGAUGGUGAAGCAGAUCAAUAACAUCCGAAACCAUGUGAACUUUUAAUGUGCAAUCGUUCUGAAGAAGGCUUGCAUACCGGUGGAACCAAACCAUACGAUGCUUGCCAGAGUACUUUGACUUAUGUGGGAAUUUAAGAACUGAUCAAGAAGAAGAUCUUUUGUAUACUUCAGGAGCCUAAAAGAAUUUUUUUGUAGUAUCAAUAUCCAUUUUUACUUUGGAGUGCUCUAGAAUACACUGCUGCUGUGGCUGUUUUUGUAAUAUAUUUAACAUUUUGCAUGUUGUAUGUUUGUUAGCAAUGCUAAAGACACAUUAUACCAACUGAUUUCUAAUUUAUGAGUUGUGCAGCUUUACUUGUGAAGUACAGCAGUGGCACUGCCAUGUCUCAGAGAUGAUUUAUUUAAAACGUGAUCACUUAUUAAAGUCAUGGAAGCUUUCUUUCUCUUCCAUUAUAGUGGCGACAUUUAAAAACCAGUCAUACAAGAAGCAUUGUGCAGCCCUUAUGCUUAUUUACUGU